UCGAAGCAAAGCAAAAUUAUAAUAUUGUCAAACCCCUCUUUCUCUCUCCCGUCUCUCACAUUCUCUCGAAACCCUAGAAUCGUUUUGUUCUCUUUUUCUCCUCUUUUAGAUUCUCUCAAUCUCUAUGAAAAUUUUCAAAAUCUUCGAAUCUAGCUUCUCUGUAAUCUUGAUUUACAGCUGGAUUUGAUGAUUCCUUUCAUGUCUAAAUCCUAGUUUUUUUUUUGAAUUUUUUUGAUUUUUUUUUGGUUGGGCUGAAAAAUUGAACCCAUGGAGGGCUCUGUGUCUGUUGCUGAUGAUCUCGGAGCCCCACCGGAGUCAUGGGAGGUGGCUGACUUGGAUGCUAGUAUGAGACGGCUUAUACUUUCUUCUUCGAAGAAGGACCAGUUUGAUUCUUCAUCUUCUUCUGUGAAUAAUAAUCAAUCUGAGCUGCCUGAUUCCUUGGCUUUGGCUGGUGCUGGUUCAGCUGCUGUUUCAGGUAGUGUGUCGGAGGAUGUUGUUAGCACCGUGGAUCAGUUUCUCCGCGAGGCUUUACAAAACCCUCGAGAGCGUCUUUCCGUUCUGAGGAUGGAGCAAGAUGUUGAAAAGUUCAUCAGGGAUCCUGGUCGACAACAGAUGGAAUUCCAACAGCUGCCUACCUCCUAUUUGCGAUUGGCUGCUCACCGUGUGGCACAGCACUAUUCACUACAAUCAAUGGUUCUGUUGGACAAUAGUUUACCGGAUGGCUCGGGUUCCAGAAUUAUUGUGCGCAAGACUUCUGAAUGUCGGAUGCCUUUGAUUCGCUUGGCUGACAUUCCGGUGAAUUUGCCUCAAGGAGAUACUGGUGUGGUUAAGGUUGCGAUAAAGCAGAGGCCACAGAAAGGUUCACAGUUAGCAAGUGGUUUGAAUUCAAAUUCAUCAAAGGGAAAUUCUGCUAAAAGUGUUGAGGAAAGGAAGGAGGAAUAUAAUAGGGCUCGAGCACGUAUAUUUAACUCUAAUAGUUUAAGUGGGAGCUCCAAUGUAAAACCUGAAACUGAAUCAAGGUCACAAGAUACUUACCAGUAUGGUCCUAUAGGCAUACCACAGUUGGAAGAAAAAACCAGUUCAGCUGGCGGCUCUGAUUUGAAUACUGGGCGGGUUCUGAUUGAUUCUUCAACAAGUAGCAGUAGGUCGGCUAGAAGUAGGACAGAAAAGGAGCCAGUUGGUAGGUCUAAAUCUUAUAAUAAAGUUGCUAUCUUUCGUGAUCGGGAAAUUGACCGGAAGGACCCUGAUUAUGACAGGAAUUAUGACAGGUACAUGCAGAGGUUUGAUCCUGGGUUUGGAUUCGCUGGUGGCCCAUAUACAAUUCAACCCAUGUAUGCUCCUGCAAUUAACUAUAAUACUGAGUUUCCCCAGCUUGGAUCUGCUCUUCGGUCUCCCAUUUCCGCUGAAAACCAACCUCGUCCACUUCCUCAACAUUUACCUGGGCCUUGGGCAACAACAACGACUCCAGGUAUUGGUUAUGGUCCAGCAGAGAGCAUGAUGCCUCCCCCUUUUAGUCACAAUCAUAUUAGUGCACGCUCAAACUCAGCUAUAUAUUUACAUUCAACCCAGUAUCCUUGUCAGCGUCCUGGAAUGACUUUUAUCCAUCCUCACGAGCAGGUUCACCAACCCUUCUCACAGCCUCAUCAAAGCUCCAAGCAGAAAGGGAACUCAGUUAGAGAUUUCGAGUAAAUGUGUUGACUGGACAUGCAGCCUUUGGUAGUUUUGGUGCCUGACUGACAGUGAUAACAGAGAGCUCUGUUCUCCUAUGGCAAAGCAAUCUCCAGGAGAGACUCUGCACAUUAUGUAUUUAAACGAAAAGUGUUUCCCCUUUUAUUUUUGCUCAGACAAUAUUCAACUGCUUUGGUCUUUCGCCGACUUAUUUGUAGCUGAAGUGUUUUGUUCAGAACUCUUUCAUUGCUCGUUACCAAAAUGAUCCUAACUGGCAAUUAUCCCAGUGUUGCUCUAUGGUUUACAAAUCCUAGGUUCUCGAUGGAGAAACAGGAACCUAGGAUGAAUUUUGACUAGUGUGAUUACCAUCAGGUUCAGUUUGACACUUGGUGGUCACAUUUGGUCAUUCCAGUGAGCAGGGCAUAACAUUCACGGUGUUGCGCCGAAUUAGGCACCUUGUAUCCCUUCUAUGUUCUGUGUCAACAGAAAAUUAGACUGCGCAACUAGAGAUGGCAAUGCUUUUAUUUA